AACUAUUGUGUGAUUACAAAAUGAAAUGGCGAAAUGGCUUCCUCCAAGAAAAAGGAAACUUGGAUCAGGAGUUUCAACGUCACCGAGCCUACAAAACACGAAAAAGGUUUCACGGUGUAUAAAGUUACUUACAGGGCAUUCAGAUUGGAUAAAGCAGAGGAAGUGAUUGAGGUUGCUGUGUGGAAGCGGUAUAAUGACUUCAAGAAACUCCACCAAGCUCUCUCGCUUCUCCACUACCAUCUACGUAGACCAGAAAAAUUUCCAGAUUUUGCAAAGGCUCGUUUCUUUGGGAGAUUUGAUGAAAAGACCAUUGAAGAAAGAAGGCAAAGUGCCCUGAGACUUUUAGAGUUUACUGUGAAAGUACCUCCUCUUGCUAAGUCAACUCACUUUGUUGACUUUUUCAAGGGAGGAGAGACUGUGACUAGGAGAAAAGUGUCAUCUGAAAACCCAAUCUUAAAACCUCAAGUUGCAUACCCUGAAUCUGACAAUGGAAGCUUCCCCAAUAAACCUCUUAGUAGUAGAGCUAUGGCAGCUUCCAUUCCUAGAAUGGAGGGGGAGGGUGAGGAGAAUCAGGCAGAGGCAUCUCAAACUCAAUCCCUCCCCACAUCAGGGAAUGAACUGGGAGGGGUCUGGCUACACCGUCAGCAGGAGGAUGAAGAACAAAAAGGGGAGGAUUCAGAAGGAGGAGGAGAGGGAUACGAUGACAGUGAAGAUGAAAGGACAACAUUUAGCGAAGACUCUAUGCCCAGUACACCUCUUCCACAGCUAGAAGAACUGACAUUCUUUGAUCCACUUUCACCAUCUGAACCUGGGAGCACAGAGCCUGGUACACUACCUCACUCUAACAGCUGGCUCUUUCAUGCCAUGGAUAUAUGCGCUGAACUCAACCGAGAUUCUCCUGAACCUUCAUCCAACUCUCAUGAUGAUCCUACCCCAGCAGGCAGCAUUGUUACCGGUGACUCGACCGACAGUGGAAUCACAGUCACCGUACCCCCUUCACUGCAGUCGUAUUCCUCCGAUUCUGCCAUUUCCUCUGUUUCCUCCUCUGGUGGUAUGACUGCAAACCGCAACAGCCACAACUCCCUUGCCAGGGCGUACCUGAACUCACUCCGUGCCCAGCAGGCUGCUGAAGAAGAUGCCAAUUCCACAGGUAUCACUGACAGUCGAAGCGUUGCCACAGGUGAACGCAGCCGCCAUGUUUCUGAUGAUAGCAUCUCCAAGUGGAAUGUUAGUGGAGAGGAUGAUUAUCUGUAUCAAGCCGCUGGUAAAAUCAGUUUGGCCCUGGAUAAUCAGAGCGUUGGCAACUAUCAGGCUUCCUUUGAUGCAUACAAAGCUGGUGUAGCUAUAUUGCUGAAUGGAGUUGUCGCUGACAAAAGCAAGACAAGAAGAGAGGCUGUUAGGCGGAAGACCGCUCAAUAUCUAAUGAAGGCUGAAGACAUCUACAACAAAUAUUUAUCAGUAGAAGCAUCCAAUGCAAGAAGAUGGGAGUCUGAGAAGAUGGCAAUGGAAGUGGAUGCCUCCUCAGCAUAUCUACGUGGAAACAUUGAUGAGCUGAAAUCCUACAAGGUUCUUGGUUGCAUUGAUUCUGUUCUUCUUGUUCUUGAUAUGUCAACAUACCAAACAUUCAUCAUCAAAUCCCUCAGCAAGUGCAGUGUACCCAACACCAAGAUGAUAACCAGAGUGCCUGCCUUCUGUCCGUACAUGGUGAGGCUUUAUCGCUUCUUUGAGACAGAGAGCUCGAUCUUUCUCUUGCUUGAGCAUGCCACUGGGGGGAAGCUCUGGAACUAUGCAAGUCCUUAUCUCAAGCAACAAAAAGAAGCAACUGGGAGGCAGGAGCUUGCUAACAGCUUAAAGAGUAGCACUCUCAGUCGACAGUCCCAGCGUUCCAGGUCGGGGAGUACACAAAGCGGAAGAGGGUUGAAGGAUGAUGUCUUCAGUCUGGCAGAAGCUGUUGAGGAAGCCACCACUCAGGUGGAGGAUACAUCUGAUACAAGUCAUGAUCCAGAUGCCCAUGCUGAUGCUGCCUCAGUUGGUAGUAUAGAAGGGAAGCUUAUACCUUCACCAGCAGUUUCUGGUAGCUAUGUGAACUUACUUGAUGCAUGUGGGGAAUAUGUAACUGGUGGGGAACAUUUGGGAGAUGGUGAGACCAUCCCACAUGAGAGGUUGUCUGAUUCAAAUUUGAAUGAUCUAGUUUCUCAGAGUUCAAACUACGACGAAUGUGCUGAUAACGCUCGAACAGAGCAAGAUGACAGUCUAUUUCUGAGUGACACUAAUGAGGAGACUGAGAUGUUUAGUCACUGUGAAGUCUUUGGAUCCACACCUUGUAAAGUAGUCUUGCCUGAUGCGAAAGAAAGUAUGUCAAGUGCUCCACCUGCAUCAAUGGCUUUAUUUAGCAUUGACAGCAUAGAAAGCCCUAAUGAAUACAGCAUGGGUGAGAUAGGUGAUUCAUCAGUUUUUGGUUUUGAAUCUUCUACAAGUGGACCUCCAAUAGAUGCUGUUCCUGUUGAGGCUGGACCAGUUGACCUUGAAGUGAAGUCUGAGACAGAGAAACUUGAUCUUGAUCCUGCCAGAGUUAUUGCUGAGGCACUAGCUGUUGUCCAAGAAGUUGAACAGAUGCGCAAAGAAGAAGAAGAAGCUGGUAUAGAUCAUUCAGUUUCGAAUCAAGUGCUCAAACAAGAAAAUGUGGUUGAUUUCUUAGAGAACAGUAAUAUCAUCCAGGAAAUUGUAACUGAUAAAGAAUCAACUUCUGAAAUGCCCAAUGCUGAUUCUACGGAGAGCUCUCAGGCAUUCUUGGAUACCAGGGCCUUUGGAGUAUUCAGCGAGGAAGAGAUGGUACCUGGUGUCGAUCUAGCUGAUUUCUUUGAUUCUGGCUCGCCAAAGAAGAGGAGCCAGUCUUUAUCUGAAAAACCCAGCAGACAUGACCCAAAUGACAGUUUUAGCAAUAAUUCUCCCUCUCGCCCUCCAUUUAUGCAACAGUCCAGCAUGAUGGAAUUUCGGAUGAAUGAACCUUUAGGAAAGCACUUUCUGAUCAGAGACACAAAACGAACAGUGUCCAUGGGUGCAGAUACUCGCUCUCAGGAAGAGAAUGUCUGGGAUUCAUUCUUUGACGGAGGCACUCCAGACACAAAAGGGUUUGGCUUUGAUACCAGUACAGGUCCAAAAGAAGUUGAGAGUAGAUCUUCAGUUACAGGCUUUCAGGAAACUGCUGAGCAUGUUGCCCCUAAUAUUUUGAAUUUACCAGAUGUGCCAAAAGAUAUUCCAAGAGAUUCUGAGGAUGAGGACAAUGGUUUUGGCGGUGUGUUUGAUGUGAAGGAUGAUCACAAUGUGGCUGAUAGUGGGGAUGCUGAUAUUUACAUGCUUGGAGACAAUAGAUUAGACUUGAGUUCAGGAGACCAAGCUGAAGCGGAUGCCCUUGCACAGCCAAGACAAAACCCUGAUGGAGCUUCCUCAGAGGAAAUUGAGAAAGAAAUGCAAAAUGCAAAGACAGAAGGAAAUGCCUCGAAUGUUAACCAAAAGGACAUGAAUUUACACAUCAAUCCAUUCGAUAAUGACAAACAGCUGAUUAUAACCAGUAGGAAAGAUUCUUAUUCUUCUACAGCGUAUGUGAGUGUUGAUCCGUCAGAUACCAAUUUACCCUCCAUUGGUGUGAUGAGGGACUUUCCCAGUUCGUCCACAGUUUCUGCUCAGUCAACUCCCCAGCAUACUUUCCAACCAAUAAACUCAAAUCAAGAGAUUACACCUCCAUACCAUAAAGUUGUAACAGCCCCUGUUGUUCCAAGUAGCAUACCAGCAGUGUCAACAGAUUCUUCUAAUGUACUAUGCCACAGUGGGGAAGCAGUAGAAGACAACAUAUAUGGUGAAGAGAAUGGACUGGUCGGAGAAGCAAACACAACCCCCACAAAUUCAAGGACCUCCACUCUUAAGGGGGAAACUUUGCACAAUAAAGACACCUCUUUGCCUUCGCUUUCAAGAUUGUUUUCUCAUCUGGAUGAGAUGAGGAGAUCCAGAACAGAAAGCAGUUCUGCCACCCUGCCUGAGUCCUGUGUACGCAUCUGGGCAUCUGAGAUACUUGUUGCUUUGGCCACGCUUCAUGCUGCUGGCAUCACAUGCAGAGACCUUAAUCCGGACAACAUCCUCUUAGCGGAAGGUGGUCACAUCCGACUGACUUACUAUAGUCAGUGGAAGUGGGUGUGUCAGGAGAUGAAUCCCAAGGCUCAGAUCAACAUGUUCACAGCUCCUGAGGCAACGGGUAUCUUCGGGGUUGGACCGGCGUGUGAUUGGUGGAGCUAUGGGGUCAUCUUGUUUGAAUUACUCACUGGACAGUCUUUAUACAGUUGCCAUCCUAGUGGGAUCAAUAGUCAUACACAACUUUUCAUUCCUGAUCACAUCUCACCAGAAGCUAAGAACCUUCUCACACAGCUUUUACAGGUGAAUCCUCUGGAGCGUCUAGGUGGAGGUCAGUCUGGGGCUGAUGAGGUCAAAGUUCACCCUUUCUUUAAAGAGGUCAACUGGUCUAAUCUCCUAGGCUGAAGGAUGAUUGUGGGGUUAUCAUAGAGCUUUCAUACAUGGAGUGUGGCUAGGAGCUACCCUCUCUGAGUGUCUUGAUGGAUGUCAUCAAGUGUUGAUGAGGUCAAAGAUCUACUCGUCAUUAAAAGAGUCACCUAGCGAGGCUGAAUUAUUGUUUAAGGUUAUGGUGUUUGACAUUAACACAUAUCUGAGAUUAUGGUCUUUGUGGCAUCACUGUGUCUUAACUUUGAUUGUUGCAGAUAUAGUGCUAAACUUUGCAUUAAUCAGUAAAACUGAACCUUUGAGCAUUGGGCCAUUUAUAUUAGACAAAGCAGAUAUUAAGAUGAAAUAGUUUUUGAUAGGUGAAAUUGUAAUGUGGAAUUGGAAUAAUGAAAAGUUAAGUAGCAGUUAGACAAAUUAACGGGUAGCAUAUAUAAAUUGAUUAUCCCAUGUGGGAUGUGACAAAAGAGGCAUAAAUCCAAAGCAAUCCACCCUUUAGUGACAUCGUCGGCGGUCAUCCGAAUCGGAUCAAGCAUACGGUGAUGCAAACCCAUUUAAGAGAAAAUCAACUUCAAAGUUUACUAUAAUUUUCACACUUAGUUUCCGAGCCUUUCAACAUAUUCAUUGCUAGAAAACUACAUGAUUAGAAAGACCAAGACAAUUGCUUGACAUUGGUAUCCUUAUUUUACACAAAUCCAAGGAUCAGAGAAAAUAUCACAAAAGAGCUCCAUGCUUGUAAUUUUGGUUUGAGCGGUUUAGAUUUCCGCUGUACAAAAAUACCAUGGGGAAUACAAGAACCCUGACUGCGAUUUCAAUGCGCACGGUCAGUCAAAACGUAUCGCUUUUCACGUGCAAAGUCAAUGCAGUGCCGAUGGCCGAUACGACGGUUUGGCUGACCGCGAGCAUUGAAAUCGCUGUCAUUCAAAACGUCGUAUCUCUCUGCUACAGUACACGUUUACAAUGGGAUUUGCGCAUUUUAUUUAAAAUUUGUGUGGCAUCGCCGUGAAAAUCUCCUCAUAUCUCAGAAACUAAAAUAAAUUGCUUCCUAGAAAUUUAGCAUUGAAUAGAAUAGGACUUGUACUUUCAUUUUCUGCAAAAAACUCAAAAUCAAUUUUUUGACCAAAAUUGACUGAUACAACGGUUCGGAAGAAUGCCAGUGAUAUAUUACGAUCCCUAAUUUCCUAAUUAUGGAAGGAGAAUAUUGACAAAUUAUUCUCAAAAGUGCCUGCCAAAUCAUAUGCUUCAUGUAUUUCAAUAUUCGCUAUAAGCUAUUUCAUUUUCUAUUGUAUUGUUUGGCCAUGUGUAUCUGUUGACUGUAAUGCUGCUCUUUCCAUUUUAUUUCAUUUGUGCCUUUCUUGUUAUGAAUUGUUUGUAAAGAGGAUGAUUCUUGUAGAACAUAAGUCCACAGAAAUGAUGAGAUAGUUUAGAAGUGAAGAGAAAACAUCCAGAAAUUUAUGAUCCAGGGUUCAUUUUAUAUUGUUAUGACAAGAUAGUUUGGGUUUAUCCUCUCAGAAAUUGAGAAAGGGCAUUGUGAAGUGUUAGUGUUUACAUAAAUACCCCUUUCGAUCACAUUGACCGCCCUGGUCAUUCUUUGGUUUGGUGUCACCCAAGAGUUCACCUGAUGAUUUUGCCUCUCACAGUGUCAGAUGAGCUCCUUGGCAGUUUUCUUUUGUUUUGCUUUUCUACAACAGAAAAUUAAACAACCUUACUUUGACACAAUUAAGGGGAAAAAAGUAGUGUGGUUUUUUUUUGGUGAUGUCACAGUAAGCUGACAUGUAUGGUAAGAAACUAAAAUAUAUGUUGGAUGCUCAGAAAAAACUAAAUCUGGAUCUACCAGUGAGAGUGGGUUACCAUGACAAUUCUGGGGUAACAUUUUACCCUAGAACUGCACUUAAUGUCACCCAUGUGAUCUUACAGAUUGAAAGAUUGUGUUGGAGUCACCUGGGUGGCUUUUACUCAUUUUGAAAGUGGUAUGAGAGUUGGUCACUAUCUCAUCCCUCUCUUGUCCCAGAUAAAAGAUACAAGUUGGUAUGGUCUCUGUAAAAAGUGGCUAUACAGAAAUUUUGUGUUUUUGUGUUCAUUCAAAUGGACAUAGCCUUAUUGGGAAUUGUAUGAUGUUUUGAAUAUGUUUUAUGUGGUUUUUGACCAUGUAGUUAGUAGAUAAAAUUACUAAAAUAUAGUUGGAUGAGACCGAGUGUUCUCAUCAGUAACACUUUCAGUUGGGAUUCUGAAAUAUUUUUGUGCAAUAAAUAGGACUGAGAAAGAAGCUAUUGUUAUCCAUAACUAACUGUGAUAUUCAUGACAACAAUUCUACCUGUUUAAUAAAAACAUAUAAUAUUCUUUAUGUUUUCAAGAUUUUUAGUUAUGUAUCUAAUAACACAUCAAUACUCAAGAUAUGUUGAUGUUACACUUGGGUCCUGCUAAUGUUGCUGUUAAGUUCAGGUGAUUAGUUCAGGUGAUAAAACAUUGCUGUUUGUAUGCAAAUAUGUUUUGUAAAAUUCUGACAUUAAAAAGAAUAUUGUUACUUUUGGGGUGAAGAUGUUCUUUGACAAAGUUUAUUUCAUUAACAUUUAUAUUUCAUAUAUUACAAAACUAAAGCUUAAGGGCAAUUUCAUAGGUUGGUGGACAUGAGCUCAAUGUGUCUUUGUACAUAUAGCCCAUCUGAACCGUAACGUGAGUAACCACUUUAUCUGCACCCCUUGUAAAAACCAUGUGUUCUUUAUUUUUUUCAAUUAUAUACAAAUUUGUCUCCCUAAUAUACUUCUUUGAAAUGGAUAUAAUCAACUUUCAUAAAAGCCUUGCAUGAGGACACUUUUCACUUAUGUCCACUUUUCAUUUUAUGCAUGUCCAAAUCAUGUAACAUGAGUAACCGACACAUUUCAAAGAUUUGCCAGGAGCAUAAUGAAAUUUCCCAAGUUUUGUUUUUAUACAAAGGAUAGUCAGACUGCGUACUAUGUUGUGAUAAAGAGAUGUUUAGUUCCUAUCAAUAAUAAUGGAGUUACAGCUCCAAGUAUGAGUCAAGGUGUCUCUAAAUGUAACGUGAGUAACCGUGGAAUAGCCCUUAAGUAAUGUUAUCUGCAUGUAUGCAUAGUUAUGGAAAAUCAUAUAUCAUUUGAGAUAUGGCACAUUAUACAUUUUAACAUUAAAGAAAGCUGCUAAUAUUCUUAGAGACUGAUUAAUUGAAAAGAGAAUGAAGAAUUGCAUUGCUCAACUGUUCAUGUUGUUUUUAUGAACUAAGUUUACCGUCCAGUUUGUAUUGGACAUCUGAUUGAACAAACAUAUUACUAUGUUAAAGGUGAGUCAAAUAAAAAUCUUCAUACUUUUACUGUAGGAGUAAAUUCCUAAAGUAUUUAGUUUAGAAGAUGUGUUUGUAUUAAUAACAAAUGUUAAAUCUUUAAUUUACUGAGGAUUCUUCCCCUUUCUCUAAUUCCUUGAAAUUCUAUUCCUUAUUUCUUAUUAUUCCUCCUGUACUAGUGAUUUAAUCAAAUCUGUAUUGUAGUCCUGAGGAAAUCAUGGUCCCAUAACACAAAGCUUAAGAGAUUAAUCGUACUGUUGAUUUGUAUGAUUGAUUCCAUAUAAUGAUCAAUGCCAUCAAUCAUAAAUCCAUCCCUGUAACCAAUUUUUAAGCAUUGUGAUACAGGACCCUGAUGUCAUUCCCUAUGACUAAACCAUUGGACCAUUUGAAUCGUUACAGUUUUAUUAUUUUAUGAAAGGUUAAGAUUUUGUGUGUAAUUUUAGGCAAAUCAUAUUUCCUUUAUUUAGUAACCUUCAAUGUUUUUUGUUGUUGUGUUGUUAAACAUGUUUUUCAUAACAGCUAAAGUGUGCUGUAUGGGCAUUUAGGUAUAUUGCAUUUAGGCAACUCAUAUUUCCUUUAUUUAGUAACCUUCAAUGUUUUUUUUUUUUGUGUUAAACAUGUUUUUCAUAACAGAGCUAAAGUGUGCUGUAUGGGCAUUUUGGUAUAAAUCAAAUUGAAUACAUUAUUCAAUGUGUAAAUGCUUUGAGCAUUAUCAUUUGCAAUUUCAUUACUAGAGCCAAGGGAUCAUCAUGACUGUUUGGUACAAAGAGUACAAUGAAAAAAUAAAUUAGCAUUGGUUUCUAAUAUUCAUGCACAUUCCUGCUUUUUAGUUGGACCCAAUUGCAGGGACUUUUUCUUAUUUGCAUCGAACAUGUUGCCUUUCACUCUAAAUUUUAAUUCUGUAUUAUAAACAGUGUCAAACACUGAGUGAGUGCAUUAAUCUUUUUUGUGUAUUUCUCUUUAAAACAGUGUGCCCUGUUGAUCUUGUGAUUUUUUUUCUUCAGGAGCUUAGAGCACCCCCUCUUUACUACUAAUAGUAAUUUAUUUGCUGAUGGGGUCAAAAGUGUAACCGUGGUGAUUUUUUUUAUAUUUCUAAGUCACUGCAUUGAACAUGAAGACUAUUCUACCUAUAACCUCGUAUUGCGUGUGUGAUAAUAAUUUCAUAAUAUAUGACUAAGUGGUCCUGCCUUCAUUGCAAUACUUACAAGAAUGAAUCUUCUUCUGUGAAAUCCCGAAGCAUAGACUUUGAAGGAACAAUGUUACUGGCAUGAUUUUUAUUGUUACUUUACCAUGACAUACAUGACUGUGCAUACUUACAGAUGAAGGACCGAGUUUCGUUUGUCAUUCUGUCAAUACUGCCAUUGUGAACUUUGCGUAGUGACGCUAUAAUACUGGCAUAUACUCAGAAACCAUUAUAUUGGUAUAUUUUACUGUGGAAUGUAUUUUUUUGCAUUAUAUGAAUUACAACUCUCAUGCAAUAUUUUCUAUUAAAAGAAUAAUAUACUGGACAG